AUGACAAGCAUAUUAUCAAUCAGCAGGAGGGAAAAUAAAAUAAGGAUAUAUGAUCUUGGAGCUCAAUCAAAAGUAUUUUAUGGACCAAAUCUUCGUGUCUCUUCUGGAUCUGAUGCUUCGGGCUCAGUACUAUGUCAAAAUGCUCAAACAACACCGACAGAAAAUGUGGAUGAGUUAGUGGUGCGAAUGAUUCCUUCGCUAACUAAUCACUUGAUUCCUAUAUUUGUAGAGCAUGUACCUAGGUUGAUUUCUCUAGCCUCAUCUCAGCCAGACUCUCCUACCAACCAUCCAUCAACUAUUGCACCUGUAAUUCCUGCUCCAGCUGCAACAAAUAUCGAUUAG